CAUCCCAUGAAUUAAUUUAACAAGUAUUUACUGUAUACAAGUUACCUGGCACUGUGCUCAGCUCAGAGGAUACAGUCGUCACCAAAACAGACCCAGUACUUGCUCUCAUGGAGUUUUACAGUCAAGCUGGGGAAGUAGACGCUGAUUAAAGAAUCACCAAAAAAAAAAAAAGUGAAAUUGUAAUUGGUGUAAGAGCAACAAUGGAGAAAAACACAAGAGGGUAGGACUGGGCGGGGCCUGAUGUGGACAUUUAAGUCAAGACCUGAAGAAUGAGUGGAUGUUAGGUAAAGCAUGGGAGAAGAGCUGUCCAAGUAGAGGAAAUGGAUUGGGUCAGGCCUCAAGGUAGACAGGCACUUGGUGGAUGGAAGCAUCUAUUUCAGGUAAACCUGGCUGGAGCGUAGUGAUGAGGUGAUGAGGCAAACGGGGCCCUGGAGCCUACAAGGCUUUUAUUAAGAGGAUUAGCUUCUAAGAGCAAUGGGUGUGACAGCCAAAGUCCUGCAGUGGCCUACAAGAUCGUCAUGAAGAAGCCACGCGCAGCUGUGGGAGGUCGUCGCAGGAAGCAGACAUCCAGUGGGGAGGAAAGGGAGAAACAUGCCCUCAGCAGCAGCCAGGCCAGGCCUACUAUCCCUGAUGGCCAGGCCAGGCGUCAGGAGGAGGUGGUAUUGCAGGCCUCUGUCUCCCCGUACUACCAAUUCAGAGAUACAGCCGAGGUCACAGUCUUCCGGGAGAGCCUGCUGAGCUGGUAUGACCAAAAGAAGCGGGACCUGCCCUGGAGAAGGCGGGCAGAGGGUGAGGUGGACCUGGAUAGGCGGGCAUAUGCUGUAUGGGUCUCAGAGGUCAUGCUGCAGCAGACCCAGGUUGCCACGGUGAUCGACUAUUAUACCAGAUGGAUGCAGAAGUGGCCAACACUGCAGGAUCUGGCCAGUGCUUCCCUGGAGGAAGUGAACCAGCUCUGGGCUGGCCUGGGGUACUACUCCCGAGGCCGGCGGCUGCAGGAGGGAGCCCGGAAGGUGGUAGGGGAGCUCGGGGGCCAUGUGCCACGCACAGCAGAGACCUUGCAGCGGCUCCUGCCUGGCGUGGGGCGGUACACAGCUGGAGCCAUUGCUUCCAUUGCCUUUGGCCAGGUGACCGGGGUGGUAGAUGGAAACGUAGUGCGGGUGCUAUGCCGUGUCCGAGGCAUUGGUGCCGAUCCCAGCAACACCUUUGUCUCCCAGCAGCUCUGGAGCCUAGCCCAGCAGCUGGUAGACCCAGCCCGGCCCGGAGACUUUAACCAAGCAGCCAUGGAGCUGGGAGCCAUCGUGUGCACCCCGCAACACCCACACUGCAGCCAGUGCCCUGUCCAGAGCCUGUGCCGGGCACACCAGAGGGUGGAGCGGGAGCAGCUUCCAGCCUCACAGAGCCUGCCAGGCAGUCCUGACGUGGAGGAGUGUGCUCCCAACACUGGACAGUGCCAGCUGUGCGCACCUCCUACAGAGCCCUGGGACCAGACGCUGGGAGUGGCCAACUUUCCCAGAAAGGCCAGCCGUAAGCCCCCCAGGGAGGAGUGCUCUGCCACCUGUGUUCUGGAGCAGCCCAGGGCCCCUGGGGGUGCCCGGAUUCUGCUGGUGCAGAGGCCCAACUCAGGUCUGCUGGCAGGACUGUGGGAGUUCCCAUCUGUGACUGUGGACCCCUCAGGACGGCAUCAGCGCAAGGCCCUGCUGCAGGAACUGCAGAAUUGGGCUGGGCCCCUCCCAGCCACCCACCUGCAUCACCUAGGGCAGGUGGUCCACACCUUCUCUCACAUCAAGCUGACCUAUCAAGUAUAUGGUCUGGCCCUGGAAGCGCAGGCCCCAGUGACAGUCACAGCACCUGGCGCUCGCUGGCUGACUCGGGAAGAGUUUCACACCGCAGCUGUCUCCACCGCCAUGAAAAAGGUGUUCCGCGUGUACGAAGGCCAACAGUCGGGGACCGGCAAGAGUUCCAAACGAUCCCAGGUGUCUACUCCAUCCAGCCGGAAAAAGCCCAGCCCAGGCCAGCAAGUCCUGGAUCGAUUCUUUCGGCCCCAUCUCCCCACAGAUGCACCUAGACUCAACGGUGUGGCCCAGUGACACAUCUGGAAGCGCCCUCCCCUUGAGAAUCCUGUUUUUUAAUAAAGUACUCAUUUUUAUAGUC